AGCCAAGCGUUGUUAGCGGCAGCGCAGUCGCUGUAUAAGCGGCCGACGGGCGGGCGCUUCGCGGUUUGAAUGGCUACGGGCCCGAACCCUCAGCUCACCUGAGGACCGGCCGGCCAGGGGUGCGCUAUGCCAUCGGGAGGCGACCAAUCGCCGCCGCCCCCGCCACCCCCUCCGGCUGCUGCAGCCUCUGAGGAGGAGCUCCGCGGCCCCGGGGGCGAGCCGGUCUCGCUGCUCUUCGCUCUCGCGUUCCGCCCGGGGGACGCCUCCUGCCCUAAAGUAGCACCGCCAGGCUGGGCCCACGAUGACAAAAUCGCAGCCACCUGGUCGGCAGAACAGGGAAAUGAUCUUCAUUGGUUAGCAUGUGCCUUAUAUGUGGCUUGCAGAAAAUCUGUGCCAACUGUAAGCAAAGGGACAGUUGAAGGAAACUAUGUAUCGUUAACCAGAAUCCUGCGCUGUUCAGAGCAGAGCCUAAUUGAAUUUUUUAACAAGAUGAAGAAAUGGGAAGAGAUGGCAAAUCUACCCCAACAUUUCAGAGAACGUACUGAGAGAUUAGAAAGAAACUUUACCGUUUCUGCUGUAAUUUUUAAGAAAUAUGAACCCAUUUUUCAGGACAUUUUUAAAUAUCCUCAAGAGGAGCCACCUCGUCAACAAAGAGGAAGAAAGCAACGGCGACAGCCCUGUACUGUGUCUGAAGUUUUCCAUUUUUGUUGGGUGCUUUUUAUAUAUGCAAAAGGUAAUUUCCCCAUGAUUAGUGAUGAUUUGGUCAAUUCUUAUCAUCUUCUGCUGUGUGCUUUGGACUUAGUUUAUGGAAAUGCCCUUCAGUGUUCCAAUCGUAAAGAACUUGUAAACCCUAAUUUUAAAGGCCUAUCUGAAGAUUUUCAUGCUAAGGAUUCUAAACCUUCCUCUGACCCACCUUGUGUCAUUGAGAAACUCUGUUCCUUACAUGAUGGCCUAGUUUUGGAAGCAAAAGGAAUAAAGGAACAUUUCUGGAAACCCUAUAUUAGGAAACUUUAUGAAAAAAAGCUCCUUAAGGGAAAAGAAGAAAAUCUUACUGGGUUUUUAGAGCCUGGAAACUUUGGAGAGAGUUUUAAAGCCAUCAAUAAGGCCUAUGAGGAGUAUGUUUUAUCUGUUGGGAAUUUAGAUGAACGGAUAUUUCUUGGAGAGGAUGCUGAAGAGGAAACAGGGAUUCUCUCAAGGUGUCUGAACUCGGGUUCAGGAGCAGAGACUGCUGAAAGGGUGCAGAUGAAAAACAUCUUGCAGCAGCACUUUGACAAGUCUAAAGCACUUAGAACCUCCACACCACUGACUGGUGUAAGGUACAUUAAGGACAAUAGCCCUUGUGCGACUCCAGUUUCUACAGCUACACAUAGCUUGAGUCGUCUUCACACCAUGCUAACAGGCCUCAGGAAUGCACCAAGUGAAAACCUGGAACAGAUUCUAAGGACAUGUGCUAGAGAUCCAACCCAGGCUAUUGCCAACAGAUUGAAAGAAAUGUUUGAAAUAUAUUCUCAGCAUUCCCAGCCAGAUGAGGAUUUUAGUACCUGUGCUAAAGAAAUUGCCAGCAAACAUUUUCGUUUUGCAGAGAUGCUUUACUAUAAAGUAUUAGAAUCUGUUAUUGAGCAGGAACAAAAAAGAUUGGGAGACAUGGAUUUAUCUGGCAUUCUGGAACAAGAUGCAUUUCACAGAUCGCUCUUGGCCUGCUGCCUUGAGGUCGUCACUUUUUCUUAUAAGCCUCCUGGGAAUUUUCCAUUCAUUACUGAAAUAUUCGAUGUGCCACUUUAUCAUUUUUAUAAGGUGAUAGAAGUAUUCAUUAGAGCAGAAGAUGGCCUUUGUAGAGAGGUGGUGAAACACCUUAAUGAGAUUGAAGAACAGAUCCUGGAUCAUUUGGCAUGGAAACCAGAGUCUCCACUCUGGGACAGAAUCAGAGAUAAUGAGAACAGAGUUCCCACAUGUGAGGAGGUCAUGCCAGCCCAGAGCCUGGAAAGAACGGAUGAAAUUUGUAUUGCUGGCUCCCCUUUGACUCCCAGGAGGGUGAGUGAGGUCCGUGCUGAUACUGGAGGACUUGGAAGAAGUAUAACAUCUCCAACCACAUUAUAUGAUAGGUACAGCUCCCCAACAGCCAGCUGUACCAGAAGACGGCUGUUUGUUGAGAAUGAUAGCCCCCCUGAUGGAGGAACACCUGGGCGCAUUCCCCCACAGCCCUUAGUCAGUGCUGUCCCUGUGCAGAAUGUGUCUGGGGAGGCUGUUUCUGUCACACCAGUUCCUGGACAGACUUUGGUCACCAUGGCAACAGCCACUGUCACAGCCAAUAAUGGACAAACUGUGACCAUUCCUGUACAAGGCAUUGCCAAUGAAAACGGAGGGAUAACGUUCUUCCCAGUCCAAGUCAAUGUUGGAGGGCAGGCACAGGCUGUUGCUGGUUCCAUCCAGCCCCUCAGUGCUCAAGCCCUGGCUGGGAGUUUGAGCUCUCAGUCGGUCACAGGAACAACCUUGCAAGUCCCUGGUCAGGUGACCAUUCAGCAGGUUUCCCCUGGUGGACAACAGCAAAAACAGGGCCCGCCUUUAACCAGCAGCAGUGGUAGACCCAGGAAGACCAGCUCUUUAUCACUUUUCUUUAGAAAGGUUUACCACUUAGCAGGUGUCCGCCUUCGGGAUCUUUGUGCUAAACUGGAUAUCUCAGAUGAACUAAGGAAAAAAAUCUGGACCUGUUUUGAGUUCUCCAUAAUUCAGUGUCCUGAACUUAUGAUGGACAGACAUCUGGACCAGCUGUUAAUGUGCGCCAUUUAUGUGAUGGCAAAAGUCACAAAAGACGACAGGUCCUUCCAGAAUAUUAUGCGUUGUUACAGGACUCAGCCGCAGGCCCGGAGCCAGGUAUACAGAAGUGUUUUGAUAAAAGGGAAAAGGAGAAGAAGAAAUUCUGGCAGCAGUGAUAGCAGAAGCCAUCAAAAUUCUCCAACAGAACUAAGCAAAGACAGAACCAGCAGAGACUCCAGUCCUGUCAUGAGGUCAAGCAGCACCUUGCCCGUUCCACAGCCUGGCAGUGCCCCGCCGACACCCACUCGUCUCACAGGUGCCAGCAGCGACAUGGAAGAGGAGGAGAGGGGAGACCUCAUUCAGUUCUACAACAACAUCUACAUAAAACAAAUUAAAACAUUUGCCAUGAAGUACUCGCAGGCAAACAUAAUGGAUGCUCCUCCCCUGUCUCCCUAUCCAUUUGUAAGAACAGGCUCUCCUCGCCGAAUACAGCUAUCUCAAAAUCAUCCCGUCUAUAUUUCCCCACAUAAAAACGAAACAAUGCUUUCUCCUCGAGAAAAGAUUUUCUACUACUUCAGCAACAGUCCUUCAAAGAGACUGAGAGAAAUUAACAGUAUGAUACGGACAGGAGAAACUCCAACCAAAAAGAGAGGGAUUCUUUUGGAAGAUGGAAGUGAAUCACCUGCUAAAAGAAUUUGCCCAGAAAACCAUUCUGCCUUGUUACGCCGUCUCCAAGACGUAGCUAACGACCGCAGUUCUCACUGAGGUUAGUCUGCUAUACCGAACUGUCUUUUCACAGACCGUUUAACGCAUGCUACACUGUGGGGCACUUUCCUUAAUCCUGAGUCUUUGGAGCAUUUUCACUCAUACCAUAUGCCUUUUUUCCCCUACCACUCAGUGCUUGCUAUCAAGAAUCCAGACUGGGAUUUUGUAACUCUUUGGCAAAGCUUUGACGAGUAUGGCAGGACACAAAGCAUGCUCAGAUAUGUGUGUGAGGUCUCAGCUGACAUGCUCCCGAAGAGGAAUUGUGUUUCAAUUCAGUACUACCUGUUUUGUGGUCAGCUCUGGCCCUUGUGAAAAGCAAAGCAAAAACUUGUGUUUUUGUCCUAAAACACUUGGUAGGAGUGUGAGAUUUCUGCACUCCUGAAGUAGAACAAGGGAGAGAGCCCAGAUUCAGAUGUCCUAGCUUAUUAGUCUGAGCCCCCCAUUCCCUUUGUGUAAUUCUCCCCUCUUCCCGUUAGGUGUGAUGCAGCGUGACCAGUGCUUGAUUGUUUGGUGUGCAAUGUGUGAGUGAACUUGUAUAAGAAGUGGCACUUUAGGACUGUAAAAAGCAUGAUUUUGUAACCCAGAUUUUGCUGUAUAUUUGUGAUGGCACUUUCUACAAUGUGAACUUUAUUAUCUUCUUUGAUGCUUUUGUACUUUUUUAAACUGUUAAAACCCCCAGUAGCCACCUUCUGGGCAUGUGUUUUAAAUUUUCCAGUUUUUUUGUGAAUAGGGAUCAGCUGGCUAAGUGAAGAUUUAAAAUCAAGUUGAAGUAAGGGAAUUAAUAUGAAAAAUUAUGACCUCUUUAGGAGGUAGUUAUCCAAAAGACACGUAUCUACUAAGGUGAUACAUUUUAAAAUACCUUUGGGUGUGUUUCUGGCAGUUAAAAAAAUAGGUAUGAGAAUUUAGGUUUUUAUUAGUAUAUAGUACCAUUUAUACAAAUUAGAAAAGGUUAUUUAACAGCUAUUGAAUUAUCUAUAUAUACCUUUAUUAAUCACUAUUCCAGCAGUUUUCAAGUUGAAUGAAUAAUCUUAUUAGGGAGAAAAUUCAAUUGUAAAUUGAAUCGGUAUAAACAAAGUUACCAGGUAACUUCAUAUUGCUGAGAGAAAGAUGGAACUUACACUGUUCAGUUAGAAUAGUGUUCUGCAAAAUUAUUUAUAAAACCUCUCAAGAUAUUUACUGCUAUUGUAAUUUUAUAUGAAAAUAAGUAUUUUUCAAUAAAGCAUUUAUAAAUUAA